AGAUGUCAACAAAUCUGCUGUCCUUGCGGCUUGUUUAGAAGAAGGUGGUGGUUCCAUUCCCUUCCCCCAGAGGAGAGAGAAAGGCCACAGCACAUAACCAAACAACACCCAUCCAAAACCCCCAAAAGGAGGAAGAGGGCCGGAGAGGAGAGGAGAGGAGAGAGAAGACCACGCAGUCGUUCAGGCAGAAACAAGAACAAGAACCCACCACUUUCUCUUCUCCCCCUUCCCCUGGCCCCAUCAAAUCCGAUUCCCUCCCCCCCGACCCGGAUACAUCGGAAUUCCUCGUAUCACCCUGUUCGAUCGCUCCAAGCCGCCGUGAAAUUUGCCUCUUUUCUCGGGAAAAAAUCCGGCCUUGGUCAGCUGCUUGGGGUCUUGGGAGGCGGGGGGCUCCUCUGCGGGGUUUCUUGGGGGGCCAUGGGCGUGGUGGUGCCCGGCAGGGUGUUCGUCUGGCGAAUGCUGCGCGUGGUCAGACUCAACCCGCUCCAGCGCAGUGUCAAGAAUAGCUAAGGUUAUUUCUCUUGGAGGUUUCAUUCAGAUAGGGAAAUUGAGCUAUCCAUUUAGCUCAAAACAUUGAAGACCGGCAUUAUAUACGUGCGUUGGCCUUCACACUGUGAUUUCCUUUUGUUGACCCAUGAUGUGAUGAUCACGGACUGGUCGCUUUUCGGGGUUAAUGGGAAUUGCAACUCGAUCAGUACAUGCUAAUUGAUCUGAUUGUAACAAGAAUGGGAGCUAAAGUGGAAGGUGAGAGCUACAAGCCUGGAUAUUAUGCCACAGGGGAUCUCCACAUGGACUCAAAUGGUUGGAGGUCUCCAUACUAUGAGGAGAAGACAUCAAAUGGGCAGUUGUGCAAUGGCUUCAUGACAAAACAGUCUGAUAGUUAUUCAGACUAUGAUAACGAAAUGCUAAAGCGCACAAUGCUUGCACAUGAAGCAUUGUUUAGACAGCAGGUGUAUGAACUGCACCGGGUUUACAAAAUACAGAGAGACCUGAUGAAGCAUUAUCAGAACAAAGAGACGCAUGCGUACCCAAUGCUGGCAGAUGCAUCACAGACAAAUUCAUCAUCUCAAGUUCCACCAAAUGGUGCAAAGAUGAUUUGGCAGAUGCAGAUGCCAACAUACAGAAAUGCUACUGUUGCAGUGCACAAUGAUACAAAUCACUCAUUGAAGUUCCUCAGUGAAGGCCGUGUCCUGCCCUCUCCAAAUGGGUUUCCCUCCAGCGAUGUUGCUUUAAAUACCAAGAAAGGCACUAUUGACCUUGAGCUUCCAGCUGAUCAUUAUAUAGAUGAUGAAAACAUAUCGGAUAAUAAACCUAUAGAUUUCCUUGGUGUAGAAUCAGGUACAAAACCUCACAGUGAUGUUGUCGAGGUCACAUUCGGUGGUGCAGAAGGUUUGGGGAGGUUCAGUGAUAAUAGUUCCACCUCCGGUUUGCAGACUACAAAUAAUCCAGGAGGACGCCAUGUUACAGACCUCAAUGAGCCAAUUUCUGGCAUGCAUAUGGGUAGAACAAGCGGGUCAGUAUCCAGGGGUCUUCCGUAUACCUUGGAGAACUCUUGGCACCAAUCCGUAGUGAGAGCAAGCACAACUAACCUUGGUUUCAGUAAAGAACACUCUAAAGACAAGCAUAGUGAUGAAGGAACAAGCUCAAAUUUCUUUGAUGCAAGUGCCAAAAUAAGACAAGAGGAGAAAUUAUUGGUGGAUAAAGGAAAACAAGUCAGCAACAGAUUUUCCUUUACUCCCAGAUACAGCAAUGCCGAUCUGCAAAAAUCCUUCAGAGCCGCUGACAGCAGAUCUGCAACAAACGACCAGUUUAUUUGCCAAGGACAGAGUAGUUCAGUUGGGUGGUUUUCAAGAAGUCGUUUGGACUCAUCUACAAUCAAUAAUUUUGGUAGACUUGACCAUCCACAUCAUUCAAGUCUUGGUACACUUGUUGCUCCAAUCUCUAUUCCUCACAUAGACCAUACUUCGAUCGCCUCCCCUAUAGGUUCUUGCACAGUGGACCCAAGGAGCAGCGUUGUCAAUAAUGGUGCUUUCCAGUCAAUUCCAAGUUUCAAUGGAUCUUCAACUGUUAAUUCAUAUAAGAGUCCUAGUGUUGUGACCCAAAGCACUGGACCUUCAAUUCAUAAGCUGAAAAGAUUCGAUAAUUUAGAUGGCAGUUACUUCGGUUUUCCACUUGAUCCAUUUUCUGCAUCACGAUCCCGGCAACAGGUUGCAAUUUCAAGCCAGUUGCAGCAAAACAAUAGCCUGAUGUUUGAACAUUCAGCGCGACAGUCGCAUGAAGAUCCUCAGUCCGCAAAUGGCAAGGACACAAAGAACUUCAAUUUAAAUGAAGCACUGUCAGAUGGUCAGGAAGAACUUGUAGAACAAGACAGGAGAUGUGUUGGCAGUUUGCAGCAUAGGAAAGAUGAUGGAUCAGUAUUUGGGAUCUCUUGGCUAAAAAAUAAAGCUACUGGUGCUAAUCCAACAGGUUUGGAAAAUCAAAAGUUGUUUGGUCAUUCGAAUGGGAUUGUGACAGAAGUUAAAAAUAAUAGUAAAGACAUCACAGGGAUGUCUCCAAUUGUUUACAAUUUGUCAGAUUCUGCCUCGACAUCCUUAAGUUGCAGAAUUAAAAUGGAUGAGGCUUCUGAAGACAUUACCGGUAGCACUUGGUUAGCCUGUAAUAAGACACAGGAGAGUACUACAUAUUUACCACUUGCAAGCCAGAAACCUGUGGACAGAGAUGGACAAGCUGCUGAAGGUGUCAACAAGAAAAGUGGUGCCCUCAUCAGGAAUUUCUUUGAUCUGAAUGAUGAUGUCCCGCAUGAAGAUAAUUCAGAGUCAUCUGUAGUGUCGCAUGAGUGCCAUGUGUCGUCCUUACAAAACAACCAUGCUAAGCGCACAUUUUUGAUCGACUUGGAAUUGCCAGCUUGUGAAGAUGGUGCUGCCUGGACUUCUCAACAGGAAUGCACACCUUCUGGUGACCUUGAUGCAUCCAAGGAAGCUGAUGUGUAUUUUACAUCUGCUACAGAUGCAGCACAAAUAAUUGUUGCGUUGUCAACGGAUGUGCCCACCCCUGCAAGUACACCCGAGAAUAUGUUGCAGUGGUUUGCAGAGCUCGCGUUAUCAAGCACCGAUUUUCAUGCUGAGCAAGCAGAAGCCCAAGGUUGCAUCAAUAAUUCCAGUGAUGAUGACUUUGAGUCAUUUGAAUCAUUGACACUGAAGCUGGAAGAGUCCAAGGCUGAUGAAUACUGGACGAGGCCACUGGCACCCACAUUGAUAGAUGAUGAACAUGCAGUCUCAGCAGUGAACCUCCUGUCCAAGCCAAGAAGGGGCCAGCAAAGGCGGCGGCGGCAGAAGCGAGACUUUCAGAAAGACAUCUUGCCUGGGCUUUCAUCACUUUCCCGACCUAACAUUAUAGAGGACAUUCAGUUAAUUGAGGGGUUAGUACAGGCAUCGGGUGGAUCAUGGGAGUCGAGUUUAACUAAGCGAGGGCGCGGCGGUCGGACAAGAGGUAGAAAACCUCGCAAACAUCUCCCGGUUACUGUAGAAAUAGAAGCUGAGGCCAGCCCACCUUCAAAACCUGACUCCCUUGGCUUAGAAGCUGAUGAGAGGGGUAUGAUUGGAUGGGGCAGAACAACAAGACGAUGUCGCAAACCAAGAUGUCCGUCAGGUAACAACAUUGCAGCUUCAUCGUGAACGACGUGAUCUUGAAAACGUCGGUCAUGCUUGGGUUCGGUGAAAACGUCUGUCAUGUUCGGGUUCGGUUUGGAUUUGCCAUCGAGAUUCCGGUGGACUGGUAUAAGGUAAUCACAGUCAUGAGUGUGCAUACUCUGCUGGCCUAUUUGGUCACCCCAACUUUCAUGCUUUUGGGUGGAAACAUGGUGUACAUUUUUUUAAAUAAAUUCUUAAACUAGUUCACAUGACAAUUUCUGUAAUAGCAUUGUAUUAAGCUGCUCCAGGGUAUGCGGCCUGGUCCUGGUGUAAUUCUUGAGAAAGUGGCGAGGUACCUUUACUGGCCUGGCCGGUAUUUAGAAAUCAAAAGGCUAAUCGGUGUACUGCAGUCUUCUACUUUCUCCGUCU